AUGAGAGUGGUUGUGCUCGCCCUGACUCUGGCCCUUGUGGCUGGUCAGCAUUUGAACCUUGCUCCUGACUUUGCUGCCAGUAAGACCUAUGUGUACAGGUAUGAGGCCCUGCUCAUGAGCGGCCUGCCUGAGGAGGGUUUGGCAAGGGCUGGUGUAAAAGUUAGCAGUAAAGUCCUCAUCAGCUACUCUGCUCACAACACCUUACUGCUUAAGCUUGUGGAACCUGAGCUCUACGAAUACAAUGGUAUUUGGCCGAAGGACCAUUUCAUCCCAGCCACGAGGUUGACUUCAGCUUUGGCCUCUCAGCUCAUGACUCCCAUCAAGUUUGAGUAUGCCAAUGGUAUUGUGGGAAAGAUGUUUGCCCCUGAAGGAAUGACACCCAUGGUUCUGAAUAUCUAUAGAGGAAUCCUGAAUGUCCUUCAGCUCAACAUCAAGAAGACACAUAAUGUUUAUGAGCUACAGGAGGCCGGGGCUCAGGGUGUGUGCAAGACUCUCUAUGCCAUCACUGAAGAUGAUAAGGCCGACCGCCUCCUUCUGACAAAGACCAAGGAUCUGAACCACUGCCAAGAGAGGGUCAUUAAAGACAUCGGUUUAGCUUACACCGAGAAAUGUGCCAAGUGCCAGCAGGAUGCAAAGAACCUAAGAGGAGCUGCAGCAUACAACUACAUCAUGAAACAAGUUGGUACUGGUGUUCUGAUCCUGGAGGCAGCUGUUAAUGAACUGAUUCAGUUCUCUCCAUUCAGUGAGAUGAACGGUGCUACUCAGGUGGAGACCAAGCAAUCCUUGGUGUUCCUUGAGAUUCAAAAGGUUCCAAUUCUACCCAUCGAAACAGAGUACCAUCACCGUGGAUCCCUUCAGUACGAGUUUGGCUCUGAGAUUCUUCAGACACCUAUUCAGCUCAUUAAGAUUAACAACGCACCUGCACAGAUUGUGGAGAUUCUGAAUCAUCUGGUUACCUACAAUGUGGAGAAGGUCCAUGAAGAUGCCCCUCUUAAGUUUGUGGAACUUAUUCAGCUCCUUCGUGUGGCCCACUUUGAGGAUAUUGAGAUGAUCUGGAAUCAGAACAAGGCCAAACCUGCUUUCAGGCACUGGAUAUUGGAUGCCAUUCCUGCCAUUGGAACUUCAGUCACUCUGAGAUUCAUCAAGGAGAAGCUGUUGGUUAAUGAACUCACUCUUGCUGAAGCAACACAGGCUCUGGUGGCAUCUAUGCACAUGGUGACAGCUGACCCUGAGGCCAUCAAGAUUGUUGAGGCUCUGGCAUUAAACCAGAGAAUUGUGGAAAACCCCAUUCUGCGUGAAAUUGUCUUGCUUGGCUACGGUACCAUGGUUGCCAAAUACUGUGCUGAGAAGGUUACCUGCCCUGCUGAACUUCUGAAGCCUAUCCACAAUCUCAUGACUGAGGCCGUUGUUAAGCGCGAGACUGAGGACAUCAUCCUGCUUCUGAAGGUUUUGGGCAAUGCUGGCCAUCAUAUUAGUCUUAAACCCAUCACAAAGGUCCUGCCCAUAUAUGGCACUGCAGCUGCAUCUCUGCCUAUGAGAGUCCAUGCUCACGCCAUCCUGGCCAUGAGGAACAUUGCAAAGAGGGAGCCUAAAUUGAUCCAAGAAAUGGCUAUUCAACUCUACAUGGACAAGGCUCUUCACCCAGAGCUCCGUAUGCUUGCUUGCAUCGUGCUAUUUGAGACAAGGCCUCCAAUCGGCCUCGUGACUACCCUUGCCAACAUUCUGAAGACAGAGGAGAACCUGCAGGUGGCCAGCUUCACUUACUCCCACAUGAAGUCCCUGACCAGGAGUACUGCACCUAUCCAUGCUUCAGUAGCUGCUGCUUGCAACGUGGCUGUUAAAAUCUUGAGCCCCAAACUGGACAGACUGAGCUAUCGUUACAGCAAAGCCAUCCACAUGGAUAUCUAUAACAAUCCUUUGAUGUUUGGUGCUGCUGCAAGCGCUUUCUACAUCAAUGACGCUGCCACCAUCUUGCCCAGAUCUAUUGUAGCUAAAGCGAGUGCCUACCUUGCUGGGGCUGCUGCUGAUAUCCUUGAGGUGGGAGUAAGAACUGAGGGACUUCAGGAGGCUCUUUUGAAAAAUCCUGCUGUUAAUGAGAAUGUUGACAGAAUCACCAAGAUGAGGCGUGUCCUUAAAGCACUGUCCGAGUGGAGAUCAUUGCCUACCAGUGAGCCUCUGGCAUCUGCAUAUAUCAAAUUCUUUGGACAAGAAAUUGCCUUUGCCAACAUUGACAAAGACAUGAUUGAACAUGCCAUUGCGCUUUUCACUGGACCCUCUGCUCAAGCAUAUGGCAGAGAAGCUCUGAAGACUCUGUUGUCUGGUGCUUCUUUCCAUUAUACUAAGCCUGUGUUGCUUACUGAGGUACGCCGUAUCUUGCCCACUGCCGCUGGUGUGCCAAUGGAGCUAAGUCUUUACACUACUGCUGUGGCUGGUGCAUCAGUUGAAAUCAAGGCAACCACUGUGCCAGCUCUGCCAGAAAACUUCCAUGUUGCUCACCUCCUGAAAACAGACAUGAAGGUUGAGACUGAGAUCAGGCCAAGUGUUGCCAUGAAUACAUUUGCUGUGAUGGGAGUAAAUACUGCUCUGCUCCAGGCUGCUGUGCUGGCAAGAGGCAAAGUCAACUCUGUUUUGCCAGCUAAAGUAGUAGCAAGACUUGACAUCACUGAGGGUAACUUCAAGAUCGAGGCACUGCCAGUUUCUGCACCUGAGCACCUUGCAAAUGUGCAUGUUGAAACUCUUGCGAUCUCAAGAAAUAUUGAGAAUCUUGAGGCUGCAAGAAUCACACCCAUCAUCCCUGCUAAAAUCUACGAGCCUAUCUCAAGGGAGACCCUCACAUCUAAGAUGAUCUCCUCCGCUGCUGCUAGUUGGUCAAAAUCCAGUGAGAUUUACUCUGAUGUGACAUCUAACAUGAAGCCAAUUAUUAAGACCAAACUAACCCACUUUCUGAAGAAGUAUUGUGCCAAAAGUACUACUGUUGGAUUCAAGAGCUGUGUCAAGGUUUCCUCUGAGAAUGCUGCCUUCAUCAGGAACAUUGCUCUGUACAAACUGCUUGGAAAGCACUCUGUUACUGUUUCCAUGAAACAAGUUGAAGGUGAAAUAAUUGAGAAACUGGAGAUGGAGGUUCAGGUUGGACCAAAGGCUGCAGAGAAGAUCAUCAAACAGAUCAACCUGAGUGAAGAGGAAGUUAUUGAGGGAAAGCCUGUCUUGUUCAAACUUAAGAGAAUCUUGGUUCCUGGUCUGAAGAAUGGCACCAGAUCUUCCUCCAGCUCCAGCAGCUCUCGUUACAGCAGCUCCCGCUCUAGCCUUCGCUCUAGGUCCUCUUCUGCCUCCUCCAGCUCCUCAUCUCGUGUCAACAGCAAGAUUAUUGAUGCAGCUGCCCCAGCCAGCAGACUUCAUAGCAGCAGCAGCAGCCGUAGCAGCAGCAGCAGCAGACUUAGCUCCAGUAGAUCAGUGAGCAGCUCCUCUAGGUCCAGAUCCAGCUCCAUGUCUAGCCUCAGUUCUUCCAGCUCCAGCUCUUCCAGUGCACAUGUCUCAAGGGUAAUGCUUCAAGAUGAUUACAUGGCUUUUUAUAAAAGAAUAUGUUCAAUUAUCACUUCUCAAGCCACCUCAGCAGGCAGGAUGUCCAGGAGUAGAAGCAGUGCUUCAAGCUUUGAGGCUAUUUACAAACAGAACAAAUUCCUGGGCAAUGAUGUUGCUCCUACUUUUGCAAUCAUCUUCCGUGCUGUCAGAGCUGACCACAAGAUGCAAGGAUACCAAAUCACUGCCUACUUGGACAAGCCCACCGCCAGGGUGCAGUUUAUUAUCGCUGCUUUGGCUGAGGCUGACAACUGGAAGUUCUGUGCCGACGGAGCUUUGCUCAGCAAGCACAAAGUUACAGCCAAGUUUGCUUGGGGAGCAGAGUGCAAGCAAUACAGCACCUUGAUCACAGCUGAGACUGGUCUGGUUGGUCCAAGUCCUGCAGCCCGCUUGAGAUUUGCUUGGGAAAACCUACCUUCUGCCCUGAAAUACUAUGCAAAGAUUGCAUAUGAGUACCUUCCUGCUUCCUUCCUGGCUGGCAUGAUAGAAGGAAAGGACACCAACAGCGAGAAGCAGCUUUCACUAACAGUGGUGGCAACAUCUGACAGGACCCUUGACUUCAUCUUUAAAUCACCAAGGCGGACCAUCUACAAACUGGCUUUGCGUCUUCCAAUUGCCCUGCCACUUGAUGAAGCCACAGGCCUUACCCCCUUUGAAGACAACCUUUUAGACAAAUUCCACUACUUGUUUACCAAGGCUAAUGCUGCUGAAUGUAGCUUUGUCAAAGACACAUUGACCACAUUCAACAACAGGAGAUACCAGAAUCAGAUGCCCUUGUCUUGCUACCAAGUUCUGGCUCAGGAUUGCACCCAGGAACUCAAAUUCAUGGUGCUGCUGAAGAAGGAUCUCAUCGAACAGAACCACAUCAAUGUGAAAAUUGAAAACAUUGAUAUUGACCUGUACCCAAAGAACACAGAGGUUACAGUGAAGGUUAAUGGAAUGGAAAUACCCAUCAACAACCUCCCAUACCAGCAUCCUACAGCUAAAAUCCAGAUCAGACCAAAGGGUGAAGGUAUCUCUGUCUAUGCUCCAAGCCAUGGUCUUCACGAGGUCUACUUUGAUAGGAACUCAUGGAAGGUUAAGGUUGUAGACUGGAUGAAGGGCCAGACCUGUGGACUGUGUGGAAGGGCUGAUGGGGAAGUCAGACAGGAGUACCACACCCCCAAUGGACGCCUGACUAAGAACGCAGUCAGCUAUGCUCAUUCCUGGGUUCUUCCAGCAGAGAGCUGCCGUGACACCUCUGAAUGCCGUGUGAGACAAGAGUCUGUGCUACUGGAGAAGCAGAUGACCAUCCAUGGUCAGGAGUCUAAAUGCUACUCUGUUGAGCCUGUGCUCCGCUGCUUGUCCGGUUGCUUCCCAGUGAAGACCACCCCUGUCACUGUUGGCUUCCACUGCCUGCCAGUCGAUUCCACCAUGACUCUUCCUGAGAGUCUGCCCGGCAUCUAUGACAAGAGUGUUGACCUGAGAGAAACAACAGAGGCCCACCUUGCCUGCAGCUGCACUGCUCAGUGUGCUUAA